CGUCGAAUUGCUCUCGAAGUCGAGAAACGCGAGCUGCUCGGAGACCUUUGCACCAGAUGAGGACUCGACAAUAGACGUGGGAUAUCGGCGAGGCUCGGAGGACUUGUGUGUUUUGUAUUUUCACACAUUCUGAUUCAUAAAGCAGUUCUAUCAUCCAUCCUCAGCUUCAUUGUUCUCCGAUAUCGACGUCAGCCACCAAGCAGCAACUUCAUGUCGGACUAAGUCUCUCUGGGAUCAAUGGGACCGGUCCUGGUCGCUACGAUGGUGCAGGGCGAAAAUGGUGACCCAUCGUCCAAGAAGCUUCAUCCGUUCUUCACCAAGAGCGAUCCCGAUCAACCCGCUGCUCAGCCUGCGAUACCUCCGCUAGAAUCGACUCAGCCUGCACCUGAUGAGCCACCGCCGACCACAGCUGAGGGUUCUACACGAAAACGGCAACGGACAGAUACUUCCACAGUUCACGAUGAUCCCGAAGCCAAGAAGUCUCGACGAGGAAAGAAGAGCGCAAAACAAACACUUAGCGGGGCUAUUUUAAGUCAUCUCAACAAGCCAGACAAGAAUGGCGGACAUGAAAGCGAUGUUCCAGUCACACAGCUAGCUCAAAGCCUUGCCCUAUCGACGGUUAGCGAAAUGCAAGCACCGGGACUGCAGCCGAAUGAGACCACUGGACAGGCUGCGGACAACUCCAUAUCCUCGAAUCCAUCUGCCGACCCUCUGCGACAACAAACACCCGUCCCUGCACAACAGAAAAAGGUACUCAAGUUCAAUCCAAAAACUGGAACUCUGGGCUCACCUCCGAAGCCCAAAGCUAUAAACAAGCCGAGUCGAGUAAUCACAAUCAAAUAUGGACGGGAUGAUGAGCAUCGGAAGGCCUUGGGCGACAAGAUUGUGGCAAUUUUUGAAGGAAAGCUACAAUUAUCGCCUGUGCCGAGCAAAAAGCAAGGUACAAAGCCCAAGUCACAGCAGGCAGACGGAGCAGCCGACAAGUCAAAAACUACACAUCCAUUCUUCACGGGCAAGACGAAACCGCAGCCUGGUACCAGUGCUCCAAACGAUUCAACGAAUAAAUCCUCAAGUCACAGCCGCGUAUUUAUGUCUACUCCAGUCUCGCCAAAGAAACUCAAGAUACCAUUUUCUACAGGCAAAGCUAUCCAGUUUGGAGUGAAAUCAGGAGGUACAAAAGUUCCUGGAGCAAUGUACCCGUUAUGGCCGGCGCACGGGAUGGCCCAUGUACGUGAUUGUGAAUACCCACACGCAAGGCCAACUAUUCGAGAAUCUGGUAUAAGGCACAGGAGGUCAAAAAGGGUGGCCGUCUCUAUUGGACCACACGAGUCUGUAUUGCAACAUCUUUUAUACGACCUAGACAUGGCAGGAAUACAGAAGAGUCUCCCUAAAGACGACAACAGCUUUUUGCCAGCGCCUGCCGAAUUACGACUACCUCAAAGGCACUUUGAGAGCGGUCGAAAACUCCAGAGACGAAUCCGAUCCCAGCUACAGAGCAACUUUGCUAAUCAUCAUCUUCCUGACGAGGUUGAUCUUGACAUCGAUGAGCUUGCCAGUCAAAAGCCUCCCAAAAUUCAUCCAGCCAUCAGCCGUCUUUACAAUUCACUAUGCACGCAACUCUCAGCUUUCGAUAAAUCACAGUGUGAAAGUAGCAGCUGGAUCCAAAAGUACGCGCCAACUACGGCCGCCCAAGUAUUACAACCAGGAAGAGAAGCAUUGCUUCUUAGCGACUGGCUACACGCUCUCAGGGUAGAGUCUGUGGAAUCCGGGAGUUCUGAAGGAGACAAAGGGAAAGGCAAACCGAAAAAGAAGAGGAAGAAGAAUAAACUCGACGGCUUCGUCAUCGAUAGUGAGUCGGAGGAAGCUGAGAUGGACGAGAUUUCCGAUAACGAAGGGGACUGGGCCGUAUUACCCAGCUCGGCACUGGUUAAGAAGUCUGUGAUGCGCACAGUCAACCCGACAAGCAAAGGCAGCAACCGUCUCAAAAAUGCCAUUAUUUUGAGCGGCCCCCAUGGUAGCGGCAAGACAGCUGCGGUCUAUGCGGCUGCAAAGGAGUUAGACUUUGAGAUUUUUGAGAUAAAUUCGGGCAGUCGAAGAAGCGGAAAGGACAUUUUAGAGAAAGUUGGCGAUAUGACACGGAAUCACCUGGUGCAACACAACCGAGCCGAACCUACCGCCAUCGAUCCAGAAGAGGUGGCCAACGACAUCAACUCAGGGAAACAAGGCAUGAUGACGUCUUUUUUUAAACCGAAGAUGAAUGCACAGCCCACAAAGCCCGGAGCAAAGCAGCCCAAGCAGGACUUUGAGAAAGAGACAAAAGCUCCGUCUAAAAGCCAGAAGCAGUCUCUCAUUCUCCUCGAAGAGGUUGACGUUUUGUUUGAAGAAGACAAGCAGUUCUGGGCAACAUUGAUAAGUCUCAUUGCACAGUCCAAACGACCGUUUAUUAUGACAUGCAACAACGAAAGCAUAGUGCCUAUAGAUACCUUGAAUCUACAUGGAAUCUUCCGCUUCUCGCCAGCCCCUCAUGGCCCAGCCGUGGACCUGUGCCUCCUUAUUGCUGCUAACGAAGGCCAUGCUCUUCAGAGAUCGGCUGUUGAAGCAUUGUAUAAUUCUCGCAAUAAGGAUCUGAGAGCAACAAUAACGGAGCUUAACUACUGGUGUCAAAUUGGAGUUGGUGAUCGUAAGGGAGGAUUUGACUGGUUCUAUCUUCGCUGGCCUAAAGGCUCUGACCUUGACGAGAAUGGCGACGUGGUGCGAGUUAUCAGCGAAGAUACCUACUACAAAGGCAUGGGGUGGCUUAACCGCGACCCCAUUGUCAGCAGUAGAGGACUUGCUGCCGAAGAAGAGGCCAUAGACCAAGCUUGGGACUUUUGGGGCUUCGACAUGGGAGACUGGUGCAACAGUACCAACAUGAACUCUUGGAGCGCAGCCACUACAAAGCCCAGAGACGAGAGAAAUUUAACAACACUAGGAAUGCUAGAAGCAUAUGACGAUUUUUGCAGUGCUAUGAGCUGUGCGGAUCUCUGUUCUGGAGGCGCCUACGGCAUCAAGUUACAGGAGAAGCUGGAUCCAACGCUACCCGACCUUCCAAGCCGCAUCAAGGAAGACUAUAUCAUAGGACAAGCUCUCCUAGAAGCCAACCCUGUGGUGCAUUAUGCUGCGCCAAACAAAGCCAUGUCAAUAUCCAUCAUGUCCCUGGCCCGCGCAGCUUUGCGUAAAUCGACCACAGAGGAGUUAGAUGGGACCGCACCAAAAGCCCCGAUUCUAAAGCCAGUAGAUGAGGAACAGGCAAUUUGCAUCAUCGAUUCAUCUUUCCGAUAUUACCCUCACCAAACAACCAGGAUGGAUAUUGCCAUUGCAUUCGACCCCAUUGCUAUAGCUCCCAAGGCUAUUCCGACAACGUACCUCGAUCCAUCCGUCUUCGAUCGGACAAUGCAAUUAAUCGUCCUUGACGUCGCACCAUGGAUUCGGGGCAUCGUAGCAUAUGAACAUCAGCUCAUGCAAAGGCGCCUAAAGCUGAGCAAUCUCCUCAGCGAAGGUGGCGGCAAACGCAAGCGAAUGCGCACGACGAGGAGCGCGUACUCGGCACUAGAAGGCGGAGAACGGCGGGCUACUCGCAGAGAGAGGUACUUUGGCGAUUGUCUGUCUACGCUGUAUGUUAUGCGCACUGGUGGCGAGAAGUGGAUGGAUCUGAUAGCGGAGGAGGUCGCGAAAUCUGAGGCGGGAGACAGCACUGCUGCAAGUAGUCCUGUGUCUGAUGAUUUAGCAUUGCAGCAAUGAUAUACAUGUAUAUGGGCGUACGCAAGCAGCAAGGUGGUUGAUCAACAUUGGAUUGGAGCAUGGGAGCAUACGCUGGGUUGUUUGCCGGCUUUUUUCGUAGCGUUAAAGAUCUCGAACAUCUAGAUAGGAGGACUAUGAACCAUAACAAAUUUAGAG